UGUAAGUAUUCAAAAUAUACUGUAGACUAAAACACCUCUUAAAAAUAAGAGAAAGAUAAUUCAGCUAAAUUUUCUGAACAGUAGUAUUUUAGAAUAUCAAAAAGAUUUCAACCAAAAAGCUGAAAACAUUUGGGAGUAAGACUACAGGCAAUUAUUCUCAAAUAUAAGUGUUUAUCUUCCCUUUAAAUUCAUCAAUUAAAUUAUUAAAGCCCAACUUUUCUACAUAGUAUUCUUCCUUCACUUACAAUUUUAAGAAAUUACAAAGAAGAAAUAAGCAAGAUUAAGAUAAAAAUCAAGAAAAAACAAGUUGCCAAAAACCGGCUCACUUUCCAAAGACGAAGCUCUCUUGUAGAGUCUCAUGGUUGGAAACAACAGCCCAUCAUCAACCUAAAUUCCUGUUUCAGCAAGAAAUAUAGCUUAAAAUAGCCCAAAGAAUAAGCAAAAUCAGAUCCAAUUGGCAAAAAUCAGCUUAAAGAGAUCAUCCAAGAUAAGAAGCCCGAUAUUGGCAAAUAAAGAGCUCAGGUGCUCUUCUAUCUUCUCUAAAUAACCAAGCUAUGAACAAUUCCUCAGAGAUUGACAUAAAGGGAUUCCUCCCAAGUCUUGUAAAGGAGCCUAAAACACCUAAUUCCAGCAAUCACAAAGGAAAAUACAAGUUGAAAAAGCAUCAUAAAUCUCAUUGAGCGCGAAUUGUGGCAAAAAAAUCUAACAAAGCUUAACAAAU